AUGAGCCGAACGAAGCAACUGAAACAGCAAAGAGAUAAGCUGAGGCAGUAUCAGAAGAGGAUCAACCUGCAGCUGGAGAAGGAGAGACUUUUGGCCAAACAGCUGCUGAAAAAUGGCAAAAAAGAAAAAGCACUGCUCUUGCUGAAAAAGAAGCGCUACCAGGACCAACUUCUGGACAAGACGGAGAACCAGAUAAGCAACCUGGAGCGCAUGGUUCAAGACCUGGAGUUUGCGCAGAUUGAAAGCAAAGUCAUCAACGGGCUGAAGGUUGGAAAUGAAUGUCUGAAAAAGAUGCACGAGGUGAUGUCUGUUGAAGAAGUAGAGCGGAUUAUGGAUGAAACCCAAGAUGCCAUCGAGUACCAAAGGCAAAUAGACGAGAUGCUGGCCGGCUCUUUAUCACAAGAGGAUGAAGACGCUGUUCUGGCUGAGCUGGAGGCCAUUACUCAGGUGAUGUCUGUUGAAGAAGUAGAGCGGAUUAUGGAUGAAACCCAAGAUGCCAUCGAGUACCAAAGGCAACUGAAACAGCAAAGAGAUAAGCUGAGGCAGUAUCAGAAGAGGAUCAACCUGCAGCUGGAGAAGGAGAGACUUUUGGCCAAACAGCUGCUGAAAAAUGGCAAAAAAGAAAAAGCGCUGCUCUUGCUGAAAAAGAAGCGCUACCAGGACCAACUUCUGGACAAGACGGAGAACCAGAUAAGCAACCUGGAGCGCAUGGUUCAAGACCUGGAGUUUGCCCAGAUUGAAAGCAAAGUCAUCAACGGGCUGAAGGUUGGAAAUGAAUGUCUGAAAAAGAUGCACGAGGUGAUGUCUGUUGAAGAAGUAGAGCGGAUUAUGGAUGAAACCCAAGAUGCCAUCGAGUACCAAAGGCAAAUAGACGAGAUGCUGGCCGGCUCUUUAUCACAAGAGGAUGAAGACGCUGUUCUGGCUGAGCUGGAGGCCAUUACUCAGGGAGACGUCCAGCUUCCUGAGGUUCCCUCGGACGAGCUGCCGGAGGUCCCAGAGGCCACGGAGGAGGAAGCAGGUUUGUUCUCUCACACACAGUUUCCCUCUCACUUUGGUUUUGACGAGACGCCGAGCAGCCUCUCCGUGUGGUCCACAUCUUAUUCCAGCUUUAUAAUCAGUGAUCUCACUGCGCUGCUGUCAUUGUACCAAAUACCUGCCUUUGAGCAUUUUCAUUUUUAAUGAUCCUGCCUUCAGGAUCCUCCCUGAGCUGUGGAACAAUGUCUGUGUCCCUGCAUCACUGUGCUAAAGAGGAUCAAGCUCUAAACAGUCACAGUAGUUUAACUUUCCUCACUGUAUCAGAGCUUAUAAUUAUAUCUUAAUCCUCUGUGCAUUGUAACAUAUUCCAUCAAUAAUCAACUUUCAUCAUGUAAAGUUUA